CUUGGCUGAAGAUAGCCAUUUCGUCCGCUUCAACGCUUCUGCAUGUCUUCUUUUCGUUAGGCAAUAGGUCCGAAAUCCACUUCCCGGGAGCUGUAUAAUGGACAUAAUUUCCGUUGUCUGUGCCCGCUGUCGCGAGGAGAGACCGGCGGGUGACUUCGUCAGCAAAAGGAAGUCUGCUGGGAACACGAAGAACCGCCUUGAUUGUCGUAAUAAGAACGAUUCUCAUUAUUCCAGAUCUAGAGACGCGACCUUGACGCUGAGGAACCUAGCCUCAGCUAAGAGACGUGCCCCGAAGAGAACCGCCGGAAAUGCUAGCUUAUUGCCUCCUAACGAGAGAUCCAGAAUUCAGCUUACGUCGCUAGAGAAACUACGGCAAAUUUAUACAGCUAGGAGGCUAUUCCGAGAGUCACUUAGCCAGCUGCACGUUAUGCUGGGGACGCCAUUUCCACUAACUCAAUAAAGUACGCAGUAUUUCCGUGCUCUAGCUUCCUUACCUCCCGUGUAGCUAAUAACCUAUCUAAUGGCCUCACAUUCUGACCCAUCUACUGCCCGAGGCAGCACAACUGGUUUAGAUUACUCUUACUUAGCUGCUAGGUUCCACGGGGCUGGGAAGCAUCCGAGACCGUCAUGAUAGAGUUUAACAAAUACAUUAGACCGGUG